CAGAAAAAAACAUCACAAAAAAAAAAGUAUGUCUUCCCGGAGGCAAAAGAAAGCAGCUCUUUAUGAGAAGCUAAAUUCACUUCGAGAUGCUACCACUUCUACUUCUGUGAAUAAAACCUCAAUCAUAGUAGCUGCAUCAAAAUACAUACAAGAAUUGAAAGAAAAGGUGGAAAGACUAAACCAAGAGAUUGAAGCUUCCCACAAUCAAUUGCCUGUGGUUACGGUGGAAUCGUUAGAAAAAGGUUUUCUUAUUAAUGUAUUCUCAGAAAAGAACUGCCCCGGUUUGCUUGUUUCGAUAUUGGAAGCUUUGGAGGAAUUGGGGCUUGAUGUUCUUGAUGCUAGGGUUUCAUGUGAAGACAAUUUCCAACUUGAAGCUGUUGGAGGAGAAUACCAAGGAGAUGGUGAUAGUAUAGAUGCUCUAGCGGUGAAAAAGGCAGUGGUGCAAGCUAUCAAAAACUGGAGUGGAAGUAAUGAUUAAAAAUUAACCAAAAUCUUGUAUAUGUUUCCCAUAAAUAGCCGAUGCAAAACAAAAAUUUCUCAAA